AUGUCUCGCCGGUCAUCUCGAGCCGUGAAAAAGGUCAAUUACAUAGCAAUCGACAUAGACGGAUCUGAACAUGAAGACGUAUAUACCGAACCCAUCACGAUAACUGAUAGCUCGGAGGAAGAGGAUAGGGAAUUGGCGCCCGCCUCCAAGAGGAAACGCGUGAUCUCAAGAUCAACAAAGGCUGCGCGUGGUCCCAAGAAAGUGAAGAGUGCAAGCACCGAUGCCCUGGAAGCCCCGGGCCCGGUCGAGAAAUCCCAUGCUACUUCACGGCAUGAUCCCACACGCUUAUUACCUUAUGUCCCUGCACUCUUAGACUGGUUUGAAAAUCAGCGAGAUGUUCGUGGGAUGCCGUGGCGCAAGGUUUAUGAUCCUAAUUUGGCAAAACAGGAGAGGGGACAGAGAGCAUACGAAGUGCUUGUAUCAGAGAUUAUGCUUCAACAGACGCAAGUGGCUACGGUGAUACCGUAUUACAACCGAUGGCUAGAAAAAUUCCCGACACUCGAGACAUUGGCGGCUGCAGAGCUGGCUGAUGUGCACGCCCUCUGGAAAGGUCUGGGUUACUACCGCAGGGCAGGAUUCCUUCUCGCUGCUGCUAAAAAAGUAAAGGAGACAUAUGGUGGUCAUAUCCCAGAAGAUGCCAGGGUAAUGCAGAAAGAAGUCCCUGGAAUGGGGCGGUAUACUGCAGGCGCAGUAGCGUCUAUCGCUUAUGGAAUAAAAGCACCAGUGCUUGACGGCAAUGUCCAGAGGCUCUUAUCACGCGCUCUUGCACUAUACGCUAACCCUAAGUCUAAACAAGCCCUUGAUAUCCUUUGGGACUCUAUUGGCGCACUACCUGGAAACAUUAACCAAGCACUUAUAGAAUUAGGAAGCACAGUAUGCAAGCCCACCAAUCCGUCAUGCGGGGAAUGCCCUUUGAGUGCUGGAUGCGCGGCGAAUGAGAUCUCGAAACUUACCACCACCACAACGAAACCUCCGGUUGCCGAUAUUGAAGAGAUAUGUGGAAUUUGUAGUCCUCUGCCCACAACCAGCUUUUCGGUGGUCCGGUUUCCGAUGAAGAUAGAAAAGAAGAAAGCCCGAGUUGAAACAAGCGUUGUUUGUACCAUGAAGUGGACUAGCGCUGGUGGAGACCAGUGGUGGCUAAUGACCAAACGUCCCGAGACAGGUCUUCUCGCUGGGCUCUGGGAAUUUCCAACGAUCGACCUACCCUCCACCAGCCAAGCCUCACCCGACGCAUCAGACGAUGAUGGGAUGAUCGCGUCUGCGCUUUGA